AUGGCAGAAAUUUCACAAAAAGCUGAAGCAGAGAACAAGAAAGCUCGUGUUGUUGUGAUUGGAGCUGUUUCUAAAAGUGCUAUAAAUAAGGGAGAUAUUGUCGAAUCUGAAGAUGAAAAGGAACAAGCACAAGAGGAAUUUGAUGUUGAACAAACUGCUUCAAGUUUAUUGGUAAAAGGAAGAAUGUUGGCACAAACGGAUCACACAAAAGUGUAUUAUAGGCCAUUUCGGAAGGAGGUUUUAAUUUUAUUUUUUCAAAGUUUUUUGUCCCUUUUGGUUGACGAAAGAAUUUUUAAGCAUUUCUAUUUUUAA